AGAUCAGGAGCAGUCCUGGGAGACACAAGGACAGCUGAGUCUAUACAGCCUGGGUCACCAGCACAUGGCACAGGGAGCAGCACAUGGCACUGUAAUCAGUACCAAGCCUGCAGCACCAGAGCCUGCUUCUGUACCCAGCUCCCUGCUCCUACCAUCCAGCUCCCUCCUUUGCUGGUAUCAGCAGCACAUGGCACUGUAAGCAACCACUGGGAGCUUCCUGUCCAUAGUUCUAUUUCUGAGCAGAUCCCAGGGAUAAUGUCAUUUUCCUAGAGAGCUCCAGCCUGCACUCUCUGCACUCUUUGCACUCUCUCUCUCCAACAUGAUGUCUUAUGGAGUGGUGGAUGUGUGUGUCCAGGAUGUACAGAAGAGGAGGAAUCCAUCCAAACAUUAUGUUUAUAUCAUAAAGGUAAAUUGGUCAGAUUCCACCCAACAUGUCAUCUACCGGAGAUACAGCAAGUUUUUUGAUCUGCAGAUGCAAGUUUUGGAUAAAUUUCCUAUUGAAGCCGGACAGAAGGAUCCAAAGCAAAGAAUAAUACCAUUUCUGCCAGGUAAAAUAUUGUUCCGGAGGAGCCAUAUACGUGAUGUAGCUGUGAAAAGACUCAAGCCCAUUGAUGAGUAUUGCAGGGCUCUAGUUAAAUUACCGGCACAUAUCUCACGAUGUGAAGAAGUCUUGAGGUUCUUUGAAGCUCGGCCUGAAGACCUGGAUCCACCAAAGGAGGAUUAUGGUUCCUCAAAGCGUAAAUCAGUUUGGAUGUCCAGUUUAUGUGAUCUUGCAAAAGCUGAACCUAAAGGUGCUGAUGGCAACUCUGAACCCAUGAUCCUGGAACAAUAUGUUGUGGUGUCCAACUAUGAGAAGCAAGAAAACUCUGAGAUUAGUCUGAAAGCUGGGGAGCUCGUGGAUGUCAUCGAGAAAAAUGAAAGUGGCUGGUGGUUUGUAAGCACAGCAGAAGAACAAGGUUGGGUUCCUGCCACCUAUUUAGAUUCCCAGAGCGGAACCAAAGAUGAUUCUGAAAUUAACACCUCUAAACUGGGAGAUGUAACUAAGAGGCGCAAGGCUCAUCUACGACGCUUGGACCGGCGUUGGACGCUGGGCGGCAUAGUCAACAGGCAACAAAGCCGAGAAGAAAAAUAUGUUACCAUACAACCAUACACCAGCCAAGGAAAAGAUGAAAUUGGGUUUGAGAAAGGUGUCACAGUGGAGGUCAUCCAAAAGAACUUGGAAGGAUGGUGGUACAUAAGAUACCAAGGUAAAGAGGGCUGGGCUCCUGCAUCAUAUCUAAAGAAAGCCAAAGAUGACCUGCCAUGUCGAAAGAAAAACCUUGCUGGGCCUGUGGAGAUUAUAGGAAAUAUUAUGGAAAUUAGUAAUCUUCUGAACAAGAAAUCCAAUGAAAAAGAGACAGGGAACGAAGCUGAAGAACCUCACAUUAGCAAGAAGGAGAUUAGUCUGCCAAUUCUAUGUAAUGACUCUAAUGGCAACUCAAUGAUGACAUCUGAGAAACCAACACCCAAAGCCACUCCAGGGUCUCCGGCAGUGGCAAGAAUAGCUCCGCAGAGAUCUGAAAUAAGUUCUCCAAACCUAAGAAUGAAACCACCACCCCGGAGAGAAUCUAGUCUGGGAUUUCAGCUGCCAAAACCUCCGGAGCCUCCAUCAGUUGAAGUGGAGUAUUACACCAUUGCAGAGUUUCAGUCUUGCAUAUCUGAUGGGAUAAGUUUCCGAGGAGGUCAAAAGGCUGAUGUCAUUGAAAAGAAUUCUGGUGGAUGGUGGUAUGUACAGAUUGGAGAAAAGGAAGGAUGGGCCCCGUCUUCAUAUAUUGAUAAAAGAAAGAAACCAAACCUGAACCGGAGGACAAGCACGUUAACAAGACCAAAGGUCCCCCCUCCUGCACCACCUACAAAGCCUAAAGAUGCAGAAGAAGUGUCAGUUACUCGUCAUAGCGGCUCUUUAGAUUCUAAAGAUUCACCAGCAAAGCAAAUAUAUGAGGAGCCUGAAUAUGAUGUUCCAGCUUUUGGCUAUGAUCCAGAUGCUGAUUCGAAUGACUCCUUCUCUCAGAGCAAUUUUGCAGAAGAAAUUGUAGAAAGUAUGUUCCAGCCAUCCAAACCAUCUCCAGUUUCUACUCUUCAGAGAGCAAAAUUUCACGUUGGUGAGUCAUGUGAAGAUGUCCGCAAUGAAGAAGAGACAAUCUAUGAAAAUGAUGGUUUCCGACCAUUUGUGGAUGAUACAGCAUCAAACAAGGAGUCAAGUAAAGAAUCAAGUGGAGAUUCUGAUUCACUGAAAAGUUCAUCAUUGGUGCCAAGAAACUCUCCAUCUGGAACCCCUUCUAAACCACCACUUUUAAAAUAUAAAUCUGAAAGAAAUGUUCAGCAGGAAACCACAAAAAAUGUUUCCUUCUCAACCAAUGAAGAGAAAAAGCCCAGGUCUGUGUCCGAUGCUGGUUUGCGGUCAGUGCCAAAGGUUGGAGCAAAGAAAGAUUCUGAACAAAAAACGGUAGUUAUUUCUUCUACCAAAGCAAAACCAUCAGUUAAACCAAAACCAUUUAUAGGCAAAACAGAUUCUCAGAGCCAGGAAAAAAUGGAUAUUAGCACUUUGCGAAGACAAUUAAGACCAACAGGACAGCUGCGAAGUGGACUUAAAGGUUCUAAAAGUGAAGAAUCAGAAAACCUUCCAAAGAGUGCAUCAGAAGACAUUGAAAUAACACCAAGGAGAAGUUCAGUAGAUAAUCCUGCAGGUUCUUCACAGUCUUUAAUAUGUCCAAGUAAUAAAGACAAAUCUGAGGAUAGUAAUGAGAAAGUAUUCUAUACUGCCACAAGCACCUAUCAAAAAGUUAUGGAUACGGAAAUUAGCUUUCCAGCAGGAGCAAAAGUGGAACUCUUAGAGAAACAAGACAGCGGUUGGUGGUUUAUAAGAUAUAAAGAUUCAGACGGGUGGGCACCCUCACAUUACUUAGAACAAGUGGAUAAUAAGCAACGGGAAACAUCAUCACCUGAGCCUGAAUCAACGAGAAGUAAAAAGAAUGAAAAUAAGUCGAACAGCCUGGAAAAGAUAGAAAAAAGGGUACAAGCAUUAAAUACAAUUAACCAAAGCAAAAGAACAACACCUCCAGUUCCCACCAGGCCACCCGGAGGGUUCUCAAAACCUACAGGGCAAAGUAGCAACGUUGUCAAGUUAAGAAAUGGUGUAAAACAAAUUGCAGUAAGACCCCAGUCUGUAUUUGUUUCCCCACCACCAAAGGAAAACAACAUUGCUUGCCAUUUACGCAGAAAUGAAUCACUGUCCGCUACAGAUCACUUGAGAUCUGUUCGACGAAAUGCCUCCUUUAACACCGUCCGCUCUCAGGUAAAUGAGUCCAAAUUCAAGCCUACUGAUAAAACAGAAGAGGACACAACCCAAGUGGAAACACCUGUAAGGUCUCCUCAAAGAAAUGGAAUCCCAAUAUCUACUGUUCGGCCAAAACCCAUUGAGAAGUCCCAGUUUAUCCACAAUAACCUUAAAGAUAUGUACAUCUCUAUUGCUGACUAUGAUGGAGAUGAUGAAACUGUUGGAUUUCAAGAAGGUGUGUCUAUGGAGGUUCUGGAGAAAAACCCUAAUGGCUGGUGGUAUUGCCAUAUUCUUGACAGCGUAAAACCCUUUAAAGGAUGGGUGCCUUCAAAUUAUUUAGAGAAAAAGAACUAAUAGUCCUUUAUGUGGAGAUAAUAAUAUAACAUAGACUCUCUUGGCUAUAUUUUCUUAAUUUAAGGAUUAGACUGAGCGUCCAUUUAUAUGGAAAGCCAGCAAUAUGAUCUCCAUGGUGUGAAAUCGAGUUCUAUAAAACAGAUAUUAAAGAAGAAAUGAUCCUUGUGAAAUAAAAUGUUUGGAGAGAACACAGGGUAUUACAUUAUAUUACGUCCAUCAAGUAGUUAAAAUGAAAACCAUAUUUGUGUGCCUUCACUUCGGUAUCUGGAACACUAGAAAUGUCCCAACCCAAAAAAUCCAGGGAACUCCUACUGGCACGGUCUACUGAAUGCUGUGUCUGUGCUGGUUUUCCCUGACCUCUCGUUUUUUUUGCCAACAAGAAUAGACACUGUUUAGUGUCUGAAAAUCUUUUUGUAACUCAGACAAGGAAUGCUAGACAUUGUAAUUAAAUGUUUCUAUCCGGUUUUCGGCUAUCUAUCCCAUGCUCUAAUGUGUGUUUAUUUUUGGCUUUUGCAUGUUUGUGUGUAUACUUUCAAAGUCCUAAGAUUGCGUAUGAAACCAAAACCUAGAUUUUUCUUUAGUCAUUGACAGCAGUUAGAUUUUCUCCUCUUGUGAUAUUUUUAAUAAAAUUGAGUAGUAUUUGGUGUUCCAAGAUUUACAUAAAGCGCUUUAUAUGGGCCCAAAUUCCCGAGCCAGUUAAGCAAAAAUAGUUGGCUACAUUGCUUAAAGGGGUCCUAUACCUAGUAUAUAAAAAAAAAAAACUAAACUGCUCUGGGCAUUGUAUCUAAAUACAUUAAUGCACAUGGGUGUAUCUGCACCCUUGUGGAUGAGAUGUAUGUGAACAAACAUUUACAGCUAUGAUUACUAAGAUAACACUCUGAGGAUAGGGUCACAUAUAGUAUAUACGCAUCGCAGCAGGAAAUACCCUGCAUAUUCUGCUAUGAGCAGAAACACGGGGCUACCCAGCGGCAGUCCAGUGUGCAGCGAGGUUUGAAGGCAGGCCCGCACAUCACAUGGGCGUGUUGGGCCCGCCUCUAGACCUCAUUGAACCCACAGGGCGGCCAUGGCUAGCUCUGUGUAUUUGUUUGUAUACACUUUGUGACCCUACCCUUAAACAUUUUUUUUAAUACAGUGUAUAUUAUAUAGGAAUAUAACCUAUUGUUCAGGAUGAGAACAAAAAUAUGUUUGUUUUUUUUCAUAGAAACAGUGCCACAUGGUAUGUGGUAUUGCAAAUCAUCCCUAUUCAAGUAAAAGGGACUAAAGUGCAAUACCUUUUCCACCCAUGGACAGUUAUGACACUGUUUUUGAAAAAAUAAAUAAGUAAAUAAAUUAUAUUAUUCUGGACAGCCCCUUUAUUGCACUUGAUGCUCUGCCCAUUUAACACUUAUUUACAAGAAGGUAUAGAGCCCCUUUAAUUGGCCACUAAAGUUAAAAAUACAAAUUAUUUUAUGGUUAGUAUUGUAUAUAUGUUAAAUAAUGUGUAUGAGAUAUAUGUUCUUAUCCCAUUGAAAGAUAUUGCAACCAGCCACUUUUUUGCAUUUCAAGUUUUGAGAACCGAUCGGGUCUUUGAAUGUAGUGAGUUUAGUGCUAUGUUAUGUAGUUUUAAAGGGGUACUUCAGUGGAAAACAAAUUUCUUAAAAUCAACUGGUGGCAGAAAGUUAAACAGAUU